UGGCGGUAGCCAGUCCUGACCAAUCAGAACACACUAGAAGCGGAAGUAAUCCCACUGUUCUUUACUGAAACCUUACCGCUCGAUGCUUCUCCUUGUGGGCUGGCAAUACUUCAUUUUACAAUUAAAACGCAACAUUUGUGUUGUUUUUGGUAGAUCGGCCGAAUAAGCAGACAUGAUUGAUCCAAAGAAGCGAGUGGCGGACAUGGCGAUGGUUCCCGUCGAAGUCAAGCGACCCCGGACGGAGCUGGUGGCGGCGGCCCAGUCCCAGCAGCUCAUGGCCGCGGGUCCUCCAAGGACCUCCAGCCUGCAGGCCCCCAUCAUGUUGAUGUCCGGCCACGAGGGCGAGGUCUACUGCUGCAAGUUUCACCCCAACGGAGCCACGCUGGCCUCCUCUGGAUUCGACAGGCUCAUAUUGAUGUGGAACGUGUACGGAGAGUGCGAGAACUUUGCUACGCUGAAGGGCCACAGCGGAGCAGUGAUGGAGCUGCACUACAACACGGACGGCAGCCUGCUGUUCUCGGCGAGCACAGACAAGACGGUCGGCGUGUGGGACAGUGAGACGGGCGAGCGGGUCAAGCGCCUGAAGGGCCACACCUCCUUCGUCAACACCUGCUACCCGGCCCGCCGAGGACCCCAGCUGGUGUGCACCGGCAGCGACGACGGCACGGUCAAGCUUUGGGACGUGCGCAAGAAGGGAGCCCUCCACACCUUCCAGAACACCUACCAGGUGCUGGCCGUCACCUUCAACGACACCAGCGAUCAGAUCAUCUCUGGAGGUAUCGACAACGACAUCAAGGUGUGGGACCUGAGGCAGAACAAGCUGAUCUACAACAUGCACGGACACGGCGACUCGGUGACGGGACUCAGUAUCAGUUCUGAGGGAUCGUACCUGCUCUCCAACUCCAUGGACAACACCGUGCGCAUUUGGGACGUUCGACCUUUUGCACCCAAGGAAAGAUGUGUGAAGAUUUUCCAGGGCAACGUGCACAAUUUUGAAAAGAACCUGAUGAGAUGCUCCUGGUCCACUGAUGGUAGCAAGAUAGCUGCAGGUUCAGCUGAUAGAUUUGUCUACAUUUGGGACACAACGUCCCGCAGGAUCCUGUACAAGCUGCCAGGCCACGCUGGCUCUGUCAACGAGGUCGUCUUCCACCCCGAGGAGUCCAUCGUGCUGUCGGCUGGCAGCGAUAAACGCCUCUACAUGGGCGAAAUUCAGUAGGAGUGUGUCUGUGUGUGUGUGUGUGUGUGUGUGUGUGUGUGUGUGCGCGUGAAAGAUUUGGUUUAGAAUGUGCUUGGAAUCACGGACAUCAGAACCUCAGGAUUGACUUUUUUUCUUUUAAUAAAAUUUUGUAUUCUGUAAAAAAAAAAAAAAAAAGA